GGUUAGGUUGGUUUGAGCACGUAGACAAGAAAGAGGGCUAUGUGUCAAGUUAAAAUUUGGAGUAAUACAUUUGGAGUGUAUAUAAUUAAUUAAAAUUAAAAAUAAUAAUUUUAAAAAUGUCACCUGGUAAUAAAAAUGAAAAAACAUUAAAUGGAGGUAAAGGUGGCUCAAGUAUUUGGAGUAGAGCUAUAACAGCAAAUUCAGAAUGGCCAGAUAAGGAAGAAUUUUUAGAUGUUAUUUAUUGGAGUAGACAAGUGAUUGGAAUUAUUAUUGGUAUUUGUUGGGGAAUAUUUCCAUUGAAAGGAUUAGUUGCUCUUAUGUUAUUUGCUCUUGUUAAUGCUGGAAUUAUCUACAUUUAUAUAAGUAGCUUUCAGCAAGUUGAUGAAGAAGAGUUUGGUGGAAUGUGGGAAUUGACUAAAGAAGGAUUUAUGACUUCAUUUGCUGGUUUUUUGGUGACUUGGAUAAUAAUUUAUUCAGGAUUGCAUUUUGAUUGACACCAAAAUAAAAAAUAUAGAUGAAAAAUUAUUGAGAUUAAUCUCGUUCAGGUGGAUAAAUAACAAUAUCACUACCAUUUUUUUUUUUUGUACAU